GCCUCGACCACCGGACUCCAAUCCUUCAUCAAACCACCAGACAACAUCCAAAAUGGCUCCCGCGGCAGCUGGUGCGAAGAAGCAGAAGAAGAAGUGGUCGAAGGGAAAGGUCAAGGACAAGGCCCAGCACGCCGUCAUCCUUGACAAGGCCACUUCCGACAAGCUCUAUAAGGAUGUCCAGUCCUACCGUCUCGUGACGGUCGCCACUCUUGUCGACAGACUGAAGAUCAACGGCUCCCUCGCCCGGCGGUGCCUGAAGGACCUGGAGGAGAAGGGGCAGAUUAAGCAGGUGGUGGGACACAGCAAGAUGAAGAUCUACACUCGUGCCGUUGGCGCCGCCGAGUGAACGCUCCCCCACACAUCACAUUGACGGACCUGGCAGGAAGGAAUGCGACUUUGUUCACGGCGGUUCGCUUGGGGCUACGGUUAUUCGGGCAUGGCUGCGUCUCUGGGAAUGGGAAUCGUUUUGCAGCUCGGUCGGUGUAGCAUAGGGAUCUGAAGUGCUCCAGAUCCUUAGACUGGAAUCGCAUCAAGAUACGAACAAGACCGCGACCGCCCUGCCAGGACUGGGGGUGUGAUCAGACACUUGGACCAUGGCCAUGUUGACUUCGAUGCCGGGUGCCCGUGGUGUGUCUUUGUGGAACGGGAGGGGCAGAUACGAACGCUAUCCCUCGCGCAUGCGUGACUGUCCUGACGCAGUGCCGGGGGAUGUUCGCUCUCUUCCCUUGGGGUGAGAUAUAACUAAUCUUCUAAACAGAAGGAACUGGCAUGCGGCAGUUCACGACCACAUCGUGGCCAGUAUGCGGGCGAGUAUGACAAGC